AUGUCCUCGAAAACUAGAUACUAUUUGGAACAAUGUAUUCCAGAAAUGGAUGAUUUGGUUGAAAAGAACCUUUUCACCAAGAAUGAAGUCUCAUUGAUUCUAAAGAAAAGAACUGAUUUUGAACAUAGACUAAAUUCGAGAGGUUCUAGUAUCAAUGACUAUAUGAAAUAUAUUAUCUAUGAAACUAAUGUGGAUAAAUUACGUCAAAAACGUGUCAAAAGAAUCUUACAAGCAUCAAGAUCUAAUAGUUUGUCAGAUUGGUCUAUUCAACAAAGAAUUACAUUUAUCUAUCAAAGAGGUACUAAUAAAUUCCCCAAUGAUUUGAAAUUUUGGGCCAUGUACCUUAAUUUUUUAAAGACAAGAGGUGCGAAGACGUCAUAUAAGAAGAUUCAUAAUGUCUAUAAUGAAGUGUUGAAAUUACAUCCAAAUAAUGUUGAUAUUUGGAUUAGUUGUGCCAAAUAUGAAUAUGAAGUGCAUGCCAACUUUAAAAGUUGUAGGACGGUUUUCCAAAAUGGUCUAAGAUUCAAUCCAGAUGUAGCAAAAUUAUGGUAUGAAUACGUUAAAUUUGAAUUGAAUUUCAUUACAAAAUUGAUUAAUAGAAGGAAAGUGAUGGGUUUGAUAUCAGAAAGAGAACAAGAAUUAGAUAUGCUAAAUGAAGAAAACGAUAACAAAGGAGACGAAGAUGGAAAUGAAACUUCAACUAUUAAAGCACCUUCGACAGGUGAUAAUAUGAAAGACAAGUUAAAUGAAUUACCUGAAGCUGACAUGAAUAUGUUAGGGAACACAGAAACGAAUCCUGCAUUGCGUGGUGAUAUCGCAUUAACUAUUUUUGAUGUUGCCAUGACCACUUUACGUAAGCAUUUCAUUAAUAAGCAUAAAGGUUACUAUGCGGUAAGUGAUAAAACCAUUGAUGGAGAUCUUGAAAAGGAAGCUUUACAAUUUUUAUUUGAAAAAUCAAUGCAAUAUAUCAACUUGUUCGAUAAAUUUACUGAUUUACAAAGGGACCAUUUAAUCAAUCAUGUUUUACAAUUUUGGAGAAAUGAACUCUCGGGUAACUUACAAGAAAAGUUAUCUGAUAUCUAUAUUUCUGUUCUCAUAAUGGAUAUUACAUUGAAUGUGAGGUACAUGACAUUGAACAAUUUAGACAUUCCUCAACUUCAAUUAUCCGUCAAGAAAUACUUUGCUUAUAAAGACAAGAUUGAGAAAAGUCUGGUGAAGGAUUUACAAUCGAAAUACAAACUCUACUUGCAAGAUACCUUCUUGAAUAAAAUAGAAAAGACAAACCCAGUAUACAAUAUUCUAAGCAUGAUCAUUAAAAAGCUUUGA